GGCCAAUGUUGCACUUGUGGCUGGUCGCAUUUGCAAGCUGUCGUCAUCCUGCUCGCAGAACCGGUGCACAGCCCAGAGUACAACACCACGAGACAAGAGGCAAUUAAGCAAACAGCACGACACAUCGACCUGAGGAGCCGCCUGCUUGCACAACCAGAGCACAACGACAAGCAACGACAAGCAACGACAAGCAACUACGAGCAGCACAGCCAUGGAGAAGCGCGUCUCCGCUGUGCUGGAUUGCGACGAGAGCGGCGAAAAGGCUCGGCUCGCUGUCAAGGCAACAGAGUAUGCGAAACAGCAAGCGCUUGGCGAAGAAGAGCUGUACUCUGCUGCUCGACGCCUCUGGAACCACACAAUCACCCUGCCAAUCAGCAAAGACACAUGUCAAGUUCGAACAGAAUGUAUGCACCUGCUGAUGAUCCAUGGCCCAAGCCACAAUGACGGUGUUCGACAAAGUCAAAUGUCGAUUUGCAUGGGCGUGGGUACGUCGUGGUCCAAGCUUGGCGACUCUGGCGCAGCACUGCAGGCCUUUGAUGCUGCAUGGGCAGUGUCACAACAAGGCACGCUGCACGAUGACAACAAGACACAAUGGCUCCGGCUGUUGGAGCUGCGAACGCGGGCAGCGCUUGCACAGAAGGAAUACCAGAAGGCGCGUGUGACCCUGCAAGAAGCUGCCGCUCUGCUGCAAGCUGGUAGCCACCAAGAGCGCGUCAUCGCCAUCAUGCAUCGCUCUGCACUCACCUGCUUGGAGCACAAGGAGCACACACUGGCACACGAAACCCUCUCCCUCAUCCUGAACCACGUGAGCCACGCGAAUCAGAAGUGUCAGGUGAUUCGCGCCAUGUCUUGGUGCACGCUUCAGCUUGGUCAACCUGACAAGGCUCUGGCCCUGAUCAGCGCCAUUGAAGUCGAUGCGAUCUCCCCAACCGAGUAUGCACUGAGCCUAGGCCUGAAAUCACGCAUUUACACGACAGCAUCAGAUUCCGCCGCCCCCAUCCUCAACGGCUUGGGGUCAUUGUUGCGACGCCCACCAGACGCGACGGUGCUCUUGGACGUUGUUAAGGACAUGUUGCAGGCCCUUCGCGAUCACCCGAAAGUUGAAAGCCAGCACCUGCUGGAAGCUGCCCACAUGCUACAGCAGAACCUGCAUUCAAGCGACACCAAGACAGCGGCACUCACCCUUCUGCUCAGCGCGAUGCUCGACCAAAAGCGAACGACAGACAUCCAAUCCCUCAAAGAGAUGGUUGAUGCGCAGCUGUGGAAGCAGUUGGUGCACCAGGAGCGUGUGCGCCUUGCCCUCUGGAACGCAGCCGCCAACGCCAUUCAGGAAGAGGACGUUGACCGAGCGCUGCAAGCUCUGAACGUCGGCAACUCAGCAAAUAUCACGACAAGCAUGUCAUCAGAGGACGGGACGCAGUGGCAGGCGAUGCGAAUCUGGUGUCUGCUGCGACUCAAUCGGCUUGAUGAGGCCAAACUUGCACUGCAGCAAGCACGCUCCAGCAGGAGCAGCGAUCGCAGCCAGUCCUCAUUGCGCCUGUCCUACCUCUCGUUUCGCCUGUACAUCCUCUCCAAGGACGAAGAGAACGCACGAAAGGCACUGCUUGAACUGAUCAGUCACCAGGAAGGAGAAGGCGCGAACCAAGGGCCAGAGAGCAAGCUGGGGCUGCUGAGCUUGGCGUUUCAAGACUGCUUCGAAGCGUCUUCGCGCCAGUGCGCUCGGACUGUCCUCAAGGCGCUUGUGGAGGAGAAAGCGCCACACCAGGUGUUGCUGUUGAGGUGCCAUCUUCGACUCAUCAUUCGAGAACUGAAGAGCCUGCCAACAGUCGUCUCAACGUCACUGCUGGACGACGUGACAUCAACCGGCAAACAGGCACUGGCUGCGUGUCGUCAACAGGGAUCAUGCGCUCAACAGCAACAACAGCAACAGGAAAAGCACAGCGCGGAGGACAAGGCAUUGGACAUUGACUGGUUUGCCCGGAUGACCUGGAACAUUGCUGUACAUGUGAGUCGUGUGGUGGAGCCCAGGACUGCGGCACCGCUGUUUGAGCUGAGCUUUCAGUUUGAUGACAUGAUGUCAAAGCCCGAAGCGCGGCGGCGAAAAGCGCGCUCAUCACUACUGGCGGCAGCGUGCUAUGUCAGCCGCACGAAGGAGCGACACACGCCUUCGCACGCCGACGCAAUUCACGCCCAGCGCGCCAUCGAGGUGUACCGCUCGGCGAUUCUCGACGACGGCUCAGCCACAGCGUCGUCUGCAUCUGCACCGCUGCUGUCAUCGUCAUCGGGUGAUCCGGCCGCCACAUCCGCACGACGCGAACGCGACAAGAUCCUGGCCAUCAUUCUCCAGUUUGACAUUGCCCUCACCAUCAAGGACAACGAGCUCCUCAAGGUGUGGCAGGAGGCGCGUGGUCUCAGCAACCCACUCACGUGCUACGAAAUCUUAGCUGGUCUGGCGCUGAGCCACGGCGAUAAGCAGCUUGCCCGCAGCAUCCUCCACGAAGGCAUUGUCACCGACACGGACAGCUUCACAGACAAAACGCCGCUGUUCCGCAGCAUUGCGGACAUCCUUGCCCAGUUGGGGGACGACAGUGCCACACUCGAAAUUGCACGCACCUUGGCCACAAACAUGGAGAAGAAAAGCGCCACAAUACUACCAACGCCGGCUGCUGAGGAUAUUUUGUGUGUCAUGAUCAAGGUUUGGAAUCGAGGCAUUGAGUGCUUCUCACGGCAGGACCGCAACAUGGCGCGUUCGCUGUGCUCCGUGUCGCUGCGACUGCUGAAAUGUCUUCCAGUGCAACAGCGCGGCCCCUACUCCACACACAUGUCCACCAACUUUGCCAAGAUUGUUGCCACGCGCACAUGACUUGCGAACAAAGGCACUUGCAUUGUCUCCUGGGUGCUUUGUCUUUGGUGUUGUGCGAUGGAUAUGCAGGAUAUGGGGGGGGGGG